GGUCCAGACCAGAACCUAAAACCCCUAACCUCAAAACCCCCACUUCGCGUUACAGGGAGGGACAGGCUAAAACAAUCAUGGCGGCGCAGUGGUGGCGCUCCGCCGCCGGCCACCUUCGAACGGUGGCGGCGGGCCGUGGUUCCUUGUCGGGAUUCCAGCGCAGCACUUAUCACACGAUCCAAGCCAUCCCAAGGGAGUGCAGCGGCAGCAAAGUCUCGGCGAGAGACCGAACGCAAGGUCGAAUACCUUGCGUCGUUUUCCUCCAGAACCUUCUGGAAAAAAACCCCGACGCGCGUUCGGAAUCGAAGAAGCACUUGCUCACCGUCGAGAAGAAGCAGAUUAAGGCCAUUCUCGACUCCGCCGACGCGCCUUUCUUCUGUUCCACGCGCUUCCCUCUCCAGAUCCGCGCCGGUUCCGGAUCCUCGCAUUUGCUCGAAUCGGGAACCGUUUUACCUAUCAAGAUUCAUAGGGAUGAAGAGAGUGGGAAGAUUUUGAAUUUGGUGUUUGUUUGGGCUGAGGAUGGAAUGAAAUUGAAGGUGGAUGUGCCUGUUGUUUUCGAAGGGGAAGAUGCCUGUCCUGGUGUUCAGAAAGGAGGAAUUUUGAAUAAGAUCAGACCUAGUCUAAAAUUUCUCUGUCCAUCUGAGCACAUUCCUUCAAAAAUUGUUGUGGAUGUGAGCAAUCUAGAUAUUGAAGAUAGAAUAUUCAUGCGUGAUAUCGAGGUUCAUCCAUCCUUGAAGCUUCUGAGUAAGAAUGAAAGCAUGCCCAUAUGUAAAAUAGUUCCAACAAGUUUGGGAAACAAAGAACCUAUUGAGGCGUGAUCACGGAAACAACAAAAGUUUGGAGGCAGACAUGCAAUUUCCAAAUAAGCUGGGGGCUAACACCUUAAUUUGGUGAUGUUUUGCAGCAUUAAUGAGUACAAGCACCUAAGAUGUUACAACUGUUUUUUGUGUUAAGAAUUAUUUGACUUUCAAUACAGGUGACCGUUGAUUUUUAAUGGAUUAUUGAUUUCCUACAUGUACGAGUUAGAAAUUUAAGUUAUUGAACUUGACUAGGGAUACAGUAAUAUAAACACUUAUCGAAGGCACCAUUUGAAAGGGGCAUGUCUCUUGGGAUAAUAUUUUGAAAGGACAAACGUAGAUUCACUGAA